CAAAGAAGCAGAAUAAGAAAUUUUGUUCGGUUUCUUGAAAUCCAGCUAAUAUUGAAACAAAAUAUUACUCCAAAAUAUCCGAAAUAAAGAAAGAGAUUUUUGUGGUGUGAAAAAGUUAAAAAUAUUUGGUAGACAGCAUUACAGUUGAGAGAGAGAGACUUGUUGUAGCUUUGAUCAUCUCGCUUGCACUUAAUGAUCUACGCCUGUCGGUAAAAAGAUAGCUAUAUCACAAAAUAUAGCAACAUGCAAUUCAAUAAUGUGAUUCAAUUCUUUCCAAUUACUUACAACAAGAAAACAAAAAAGGAGCAGAGGAAAACGAGAGAGAAAGAGAGAGAGAGUCAUUAUGACCUUCUACUUGCUUGUCGUUUAGGGUUUGAUCCAAAUUCAUAGCAUUGAAAAACCCAAAAGAUUAAACAGUGAAAAUCCUCUGUAUCUGUCGGUUCUUUUCUUGGAGGAAAAAAAUUCAGAGCAAUCUACUUGGAAAGAAUUUGCAUGCAGCCAAGAACAACAAGGCUGUUGACCAAAUUGAAGAUGUGGGAUUGUGUCAAAAUCUUGUCUUGAUGAAACAUGGAAUUCAGCUCUACAAACUGCAAAAUGCGCAUUCUUGCUGGGUUUCUUGCUUGCAUUUUGGUAAGGGUUCACACCUUCACCGACGAGAAUGAUUUCAAGAUUCUGAAUGAUUUCGUGGAUGGGCUGAGUAAUCCGGAGCUCUUGAAAUGGCCCGAAAAUGGCGAUGAUCCAUGUGGGCCCCCUGCAUGGCCUCAUCUGGUCUGCUCCAAUGGCAGAGUCACUCAGAUUCAGGUACAAAAUCUUGGAUUAGAGGGGCCUUUACCCCCAAAUCUGAAUCAAUUGGAGAAACUCGAGAAUGUAGGCCUUCAGAGGAAUAGGUUCAACGGUGAUUUGCCAAGUUUUAGUGGAUUAUCCAACCUGCAAUUUGCAUACCUAGAUUUUAAUGAAUUUGAAACAAUCCCUCUUGAUUUCUUCAAUGGGCUUAGUAGCAUUCGUGUGUUGGCUUUAGAUGAUAAUCCCUUUAACAAGAGCUCUGGUUGGAUUAUACCUAGUGAGUUAGCAGAGUGUUCCCAGUUGGUGAACUUCUCUUGCUCGUCUUGCAAUAUAGUUGGCCCUCUGCCUGAUUUCUUUGGCAAGUUCCCCUCCCUCGAUUCGUUGAGGUUGUCGUAUAAUAGGCUGAGUGGCGCUAUACCAUCCACUUUUAGUGACUCAAUGCUGCAGGUUUUGUGGUUGAAUGAUCAAGAUGGAGAUGGCAUGACCGGUCCCAUUGAUGUAAUCGCGACUCUGCUUGGCCUAACCGUGGCCUGGCUCCACGGUAACCACUUCUCUGGACCGAUCCCUGAUGGUAUCGGGCGUUUGACCUCCUUGAGAGAGCUCAACCUCAACAGGAAUCGCCUCGUUGGGCUGAUUCCUGCAGGCUUGGCUAAUAUGAACCUUCAUCUCUUGAAUUUGAACAAUAAUAUGUUGAUGGGUCCAAUCCCAAAGUUUAAAGCUGCAAAUGUGUCUUAUGCGUUCAAUUCCUUCUGUCAAUCUGAUGAGGGCGAGCCGUGUGCUCCUGAGGUGAACGCCCUUUUAGAUUUUCUUCGUGAUGUGGAUUAUCCGGAAAGGCUUGCAUCCGAGUGGUCGGGGAAUGAUCCCUGUGCAGGGCCUUGGUGGGGGAUUAGUUGUAGUUUGGGGAAGGUUUCUGUUGUGAAUUUGCAAAAACUCCGGCUUAAUGGCACGCUUAGCCCUUCACUCGGGAACUUGUCUUCACUUCUUGAAGUUCAUUUGGAAGGAAAUGAUCUGCACGGCCGAGUUCCUGCAAGCCUAGCUCAGCUGGGAUCACUGAGGUUGUUGAACUUAAGUGGGAGCAAGUUUGAGCCUCCGUUGCCAAGAUUUCGUGAUGGUGUGCGCGUCAUCAUUGAUGGCUUUCCACCGCUGCAGCCUGCUAAACCACCUGCUAAACCACCCAAGCAAUCUCCAUCACCAGCUGCUCUGCCGCAGCUUCCCCCUUCUUCUCCAGACAAGGGUCCGCGAUCUCCAUCUCAUGGUCCUUCAUCCGGUAACGAUCAGCAACCAUCUAAAGAUGCUCCACCGUCGUCUAGCAAGGCUGCUGCUGUAAAUGAGCAGAAAAAUGCAAGCUCUAUAAAAUCAGGAGUAGCGAUGGUUGCAGCUGUAGUCUCCGUUGUUUCGCUUCUUCUUGCAGGCCUAUUGGUCGUCUGCUAUCAUAGAAGGAGAAGAAGGGCGGCAAUCCCUGCUUCCGGUUUUGUGGUUCAUCCUAGAGAAUCACCAGAUAGUGGUGACACGACGAAGAUUUCAGUGGUGAAGUGCUCUGCCGUGGUGGUUAAGAGUGGCGGAUUGGACAACUCUACUAAGGUGAGUGAGGCCGGGAAACUGCUGAUACCUCUUGAGGAGCUUCGUAAAGUAACCAACAAUUUCGCACAAGAGAACGAGCUGGGACGUGGAGGCUUUGGGGUGGUUUACAAGGGGAUGCUGGACGAUGGCACGAGAGUAGCAGUUAAGAGGAUGGUGGUUGCAGCGGUGAGUAACAAGGCGUUGGAUGAAUUCCAAUCAGAAAUCGCAGUGCUUUCAAAUGUUCGCCACCGUCACCUUGUAACCCUCGUAGGAUACUCUGCUGAGGGAGACGAGAGGCUUCUCGUAUACGAGUAUCUGCCUCAGGGCGCUCUCAGCAGACAUCUUUUCCGUUGGAGUAAGCUAGGUUUGGCGCCUUUGUCAUGGACGACAAGGCUUGUGAUUGCUCUCGAUGUUGCUAGAGGAGUCGAGUAUCUCCACAGCUUGGCCCAGCACAGCUUCAUCCACCGUGACCUCAAAUCGUCCAACAUUCUUCUUGACGAUGAUUUCAGAGCAAAAGUGUCGGAUUUCGGAUUGGUGAAGCUGGCUCCGGACAGAGAGAGCUCCAUUCCUACUAAACUUGCCGGAACGUUCGGAUACCUUGCACCCGAAUACGCUGUGACGGGGAAGAUUACCACGAAGGUGGACGUGUUCAGCUUUGGCGUGGUGCUGAUGGAGCUCCUGACGGGGCUAGUGGCACUUGACGAGCAACGGGGUGAGGAGAAUCGAUACUUGGCAGAGUGGUUUUGGCAGAUGAAAUCGGACAAGAGGUCGCUGAUCGCCUCCCUAGACCCUGCUCUGGAGGCGAAAGAGGACAUGUACGACACAAUCUACACGAUAGCAGAGCUGGCCGGGCACUGCACUGCACGGGACCCUAACCAUCGGCCUGAGAUGGGGCACGCUGUGAACGUGCUGGCUCAGUCGUUGGCCGGGAAGUGGGAACCGUGCAAGGAGAGCGACGAGUUCUGCGGCAUAAACAUGUCGCUGCCUCUGUCGCAGAUGCUAAAGAGGUGGCAAGAAGAAGCUGCUGAUCAGAGCCAGGAUAGCAAAGGUAGCAUUCCUGCUAAGCCAUCAGGCUUUGCAGACUCCUUCACUUCUGCUGAUGCUCGCUAACUCUAUGAAUCUCUUCUUACUAUGCUAUGUAUAUAAUACUACCACACAAUAUCACCUUACAAAAUUCUUCAUCAACUCAACGAGUGUUUUGCUCAUGGUAUGUGACAUGUGAUGGUGAUGUUUUUGUGUUGAAAACUAAAGGAGAAUUUAGCCAUUUGUUUGAA